GGAUAACCUGACGCCCCUUAUCAGUUUUUUUAUCAAUAGGUUUAGGUCUUAGAUUGUAAUAACUUGUCUUUCAUUUAGGGUAUUAAUUGUUUCUCAUUACGCAGCUGUGCUUCUAAUUUUUUUUUUUUCGAGAAAUCCAUUUGAAAUGUGUAGAGAAUUCUCACUUCCUGGAUUGUUAUAUAAUUUCUUAAUCUGUCAAAUUCUGCUUCCAAGGACAGUCAUGGUUGGGGAUAAGGUUUAAGAGGUUUUGUCAGUAGACAUCAGCCUAGCAAUUGUAUAAUGAUGCCUGCCAAAUAUUGGACACAACUGAGGAUGCUGAAAGGAAGCACAUUUCAGACAAUGAAAUCGAUAAAAUGGAUGAAUGACAGACCGUCCCACAAUCAACAGUACAAUCCAACUUAUGUAGAACACAUCGCUAAUAUUAUCACCCAUGGAAUCUGGGUGCUUCCUAGUAUAUACGGAGGAUUGGUUCUUCUGUUAAAGUCUCCAACAAGUUCACACUUCCUCUGUGCUCUGAUUUAUAGUCUUUCACUAAUCUUGUGCUUUACCGUUUCUACGCUCUUCCAUUCUGUCUUCUUUUCAAAUAAAAACAGGUUUCUGAGGGAACUUCUACAUCGUAGUGACCGAGCUAUGAUCUACAUCUUUAUCGCCGGAUCAUACUUCCCUUGGGUUUUUUUAGAUCCACUUCCACAUAAUAUAUGGCCCUAUCAUCUCUGGUGGAUAAUUUGGGUAUUGGCUCUGAUUGGUAUUGUUUACCAACAAACAUUUUAUGAGAAGUACAAAUCAUUUGAAACUAUGAUGUAUGUUUUCGUUGGGCUCGGACCUGCUCUUGUUAUAUUGCAACAUAAGUCAUUAGGGCCAGGAGAGUUCAUGCUGAAGUUAGGAGGUGCGCUCUACAUUCUUGGCAUCACAUUCUUUAAGAGUGACGGUAAGAUUCCUUGCGCUCACGCCAUCUGGCACCUCUUUGUUGCUGGCGCUGCUGUAAGCCAUUACUUUGCCAUACUCUUCCAUCUCUACAGUUAACCUUGCCCGAUGUGAUUAUAUAUUUUUUUGUUUAUAGAAAUGCUGGUACAAAUUAGUUGUUUAAUAUAGAUUACUAUAGACCCUAAGAAAUAGUGAGAGGAAUUGAAAAAUAUUUCCAUGACUUGUUUAAUCCUAGAUAUUCUUCCAUAUCAUUCAAGUUAGGCGUAGUAUAUUUUUGAAGUUUCAUUCUUCUUCCAGCCUUAGUUGAUAAAUGCUAUUAAUUAAUGAUAUAAACAGUAUUUAUUUUCAACAAUUAAUUAUAAUCAAUUUAGUUUUUUAUUAGUAGCUAAUAUAGGUACUUGUCACUUUAUGCCAUUCGAGAUUCAAUCUGCAAUUCAGAGGCCUCUUUCUCAGCUUGAGUGAUAUGUGACUUUAAAUUGGCACUUUUGAUAUUUUCAAAAAUUUUACAAUUGAAGAAUUUUCAACUGUUUUUAAUAUUAAUCAAUAUUAUUGCUUAAAGUAAAUUCUACUUUUGGGUUUCAUUUUAACUAUUAUAUCCAGCAUUUCCGCCCUUGAAGUUAUAACUUCUCUUUUAUCAUCAUCUUCCUUACCUAGAUCUUCCGAAGAAUUUUUAAAUUUUGUUGUAUAAUUUUUACUUUUCUAUAAAGUAAGAAAAGUAUUGUAAUCAGGUCAAAAUUUUUAUGUGUGAUUUUUAACAGAUCUUAACACAGUCUAAAAAAAUAAUUAUGGUUUGUCUGACUGUGCCACAAUUAUCUAUUGAAGGGUGGAUCAAUUUUGUUGCUUUUUGUUUUGUGGGAUUUCGUAAGUAUGUUUUCACAGACUAGAUCCAAAAUGGCUGUAAUGGUUUUAAUGAAAAUCCAGAUUUUUAUAAAUAUUUUGUGAAGUUUUCUCUAGAACUCAGUUUACUUUUUUUUUUUUUUCAAUAGACAUAUUUAUAGUGGUUUAAAAUUUUCUGAAAUUCAUAAGAAAGUUAAAAUUUUAUGACGCACCUAUAUUUCUGGUACAGUUUCCUUAUCGAUAAGGAAUUUGCUUAGCGAAAGAGAACAAGAUAGCAAAAAGAAGGGAACUCAGUCAUAAAGUGAAGAUUAUCUGUUAUUAUUAUUAAAAAUUGUAAACAAGGUUCCAUAUUUAGUAAAAACUCUUCUUUUAUGUAACCAUUUUAUUACAAAACAAAACCACUUUUUCUUUUAUUACAAAACCACAUUUACAUUUUUAAAACUAAGUCAGUAUAUUAAUUUGUGGUUGUUUGUUUAAAUAGAAUGAUUAAAUAUUUAUAACAUAAUAUACGGCCAAAAAAUUUUUAUUGAAAUUGCUUAAUUAUUAUUUUUAAUAUUUUUGUUUGUUUUAUAAUAUUAAGUUUAUCUAUACUUCUAUAUAGAGUAGUAUUAUUAUUUAGUAACUUGUUUUAUUUGCCUCUCUUAUUUUUCUAUAAAUGUUCUAUGACUGAAAAAAGUAUUACAAAUAAUGAUCCAUUCUUUCUAAUAUUAUUAAUUAUUUAUAUAAAUUCCUUACAACUUAUUGUAGUUAUAUUAAGCAGCCUGUAGUGAAGUUAUUCAAUUCAACUUAUUAAAAAACAAUCUGAGACAUGAGUUCUUAAACAGAGACCUGUGAAACUUCCAGUUUAUAACUCUCAACUUUUCACUUGUAUUCAAAUAACUCAUUUUAUAAAAAUCUUACAUGUCCAAGACUUUCUGCAAUUGUUGCUAUGUAACUAUUUAUGAACAUAAUAAGGUAAAAUGUGUUGAGAGGAGAUCUGCCAAAUAAAAAAUGUUCAAAAAGAGAUAUACAGACUACACAAGUUUAAGAACUCCUGUUAUCAAUGUAUGAAAUUUAUUAUUGUUAUAUGUAAUAUAUUUGUAAGGAAUAUAGUUGCAGAACUUUUGAACAAUUAUUUGUAUCAAAUUAUCUUUUAUCUCAACAGAAAAAUCAUAUCUUAUUUUUUUGCUAUAAUCUACAGUUGACCCUCUGUACGUGCAUACUUCCAUGUAUCGAAAAGUUUCAAUUAUCAAAUGUUUUUAGAAAAAUAUAUUCUGUAUAUUGAAUAAAAAUUCUAAAACAGUGCUUAAAAGUUUUAAACGGUAGUUUAACGGUUUCCAUGAAACUUUAUGGAAAACAAACUUUAAAAGGAAGUUCUAAGAAACUUCUUAUGUAAUAAAUUUCCAGGUUUAUUGUAAAAGUUUAACCUU